UAAAUCUUAAUAACGAAAAGACCAUUUAGCGGAUUUUCUUCUCUUCUGCUCAUGAUAGAAGACUCAACGCAUCAGACACAGCGACUCAGCGAGAAAGACAGAGAGAUCGGCGUAGCUAGGGUUCUUCGAGUCCAUGGCAGGGUCUGGGAGUUCAAUGCUCUAUUCAUUUCUCCUAUUCAUUGUUAUUCUCUCCCUUCAAGAGAUGUAUCGAGGGAAGUUGGCGUCGACAGAGUUAUUUACCAUACUUGGAGGCUUUAUCAGUUCUCUGCUAUUUCUUGUGUCGCUAACAUUCAUUGGCAACUUCCAAGAGACAUCUGGCAUAAAGACGGGAUGGGGUGCUGUUAUACUAGCUGAAGCAAUCGCUCUAAUUGCCGCGAGCACUGUCCAUCGCGUUUGUAUCACAACCUGUUUCUUGUUCUCUGCUGGACUACUGUAUGAGGUCAACAAGCUCUCAGGAGUAAUGCUUUCUAAAAGUGAAUCUAAAGCAAGAAGGCUCUAAGAAGGUGUCAUGCCCUAAUUAAGUAGAGUGGUUAAUCGUUCAUCUUGGCAUUCAUCUAUGCUUUGAUUUAUUUUUUUUUAUUUUGCAAUGCAUCAUGUCUGUAACUUUGUGAACCUUGAAAAUGGCCAACGUAGAGUUUUUGGAUUAAGAAAAUUCUGACAAUAAAAUAUUGCUGAUAACGAAUAGUCUAUGUUCUAGUUGUUUUGUCUUUCAACCAGAAAACUAUUGACUAUGUAAUACUCAUGGAGUCAUUUGCCUGAGAAAGUGUAAAGCAGAAGUAAUUCAUGCGUGAA